AAAAGCGAAAAUCAUCUAGCGUCUGUGUAUUAUCAACCAGUGACCAGAGAGCAUAGUGCUGUAUAAUAUCGAGGGAAAAGAGAUAUAUCAAGGGUUGCGUCGGUAGACAUCAUUUCGAUGUCGGUAGAGAUAAAUCUUCCAUGCUGCGCCUGUUAUGCGUCUUUUGGAAAGAAGCAGCCUGUUAUCAGCUAUACGAUAUUCAUUCGAAUUGUCUAAGAGGCAGUACGCUCGUAAAAGUAAUAGUCGUUCGAUAAAAGUUCAUCCUUUGGUAAUCACUGGAUCGUCGUUGUGCAGAUCGAGUUCUAAUUUGCAAAUAUAUUUAUCGUUAUCCGUGAGAAUGGCAUCCUCGUCGAAAGACGACGCGAAAAAUGUCGACGAAACGUUAAUCAAGAAGGGAGAAAAUCGACUGGCUCUGGAGAAGUCACCUUAUCUGUUGCAACACGCUAGAAAUCCCGUACAGUGGUAUCCUUGGGGAGACGAAGCUCUCGAGAAAGCGAAAGCGGAGGACAAGGUGAUUUUCUUGUCCGUCGGAUACUCGACGUGUCACUGGUGUCACGUUAUGGAGAAGGAGUCCUUUGAGAAUCCACAAAUCGCCGAGAUCAUGAAUAAGAAUUUUGUUAAUAUAAAAGUGGACAGGGAAGAGCGACCGGAUAUCGAUAGAAUAUACAUGGCGUUCGUACAGGCUAUUUCCGGGCACGGUGGUUGGCCGAUGAGCGUAUUUCUCGCACCGAAUCUCUCACCGAUCAUAGGUGGAACGUAUUUUCCGCCGGAAGACAGACACGGUUAUACCGGAUUUAAGAACGUUCUACUUGGUAUCUCUAAAGAGUGGCGAGAGAAUAAGCGUGAGCUAAUGCUACUCGGUGGGACCAUUAUACAGAGAUUGAAGAACGCAGGCGAGAACAAAGGCCGGCUGAUCGUAAGCGAAAGAAAGACAAGAGGGAGGGAACGAUACGUACCUUCGGAGGAAUGUGCCAUGAUAUGCCUUCACCAAUUGAAGAACUCCUACGAGCCUAACUUUGGUGGAUUUUCGGACGCGCCAAAGUUCCCUCAGCCGGUCAAUUUCAAUCUUCUUUUUUAUAUGUACGCACGCGACCCAUCCACCGACAUUGCUCGCGAAUGCUUGGAGAUGUGCGUGCAUACUCUGAAAAAAAUGGCACUUGGGGGAAUACACGAUCAUAUCGGUCAAGGCUUUUCAAGAUACUCCGUCGACGAGGAAUGGCACGUGCCUCAUUUUGAAAAAAUGCUCUACGAUCAGGGCCAGCUAUUGCAAUCGUAUACCGAUGCAUUUUUGACCACCAAGGAUCCGUUAUUCGCCGAAAUGAUCGACGAUAUAGCUACUUACGUAUCUCGAGAUUUGAGGCACAAGGAGGGGGGCUUUUACAGCGCCGAAGAUGCCGAUUCUUAUCCUACGAAAGGAUCGGGGGAAAAGAAGGAAGGCGCCUUUUACGUUUGGACGUACGACGAGAUCAAUGCGCUUUUGGAUAAAGAAGUGGCCGAUAAGAAGGGCUUGAAACUGAGCGACGUCUUCUGCUUUCAUUUCACGGUCAAGCCGAAGGGAAAUGUACCGGCGCGUCGAGAUCCCCAUGGGGAAUUGAACAAGCAAAACGUAUUGAUCGUUUAUGGUAGCGUAGAAGAUACGGCAAGGCACUUUGGUAUAACGGCCGAGAAAACGCAGAUUCUUCUGAAAGAGGCAUCGCGAAUACUUUUCGAAGCUAGAGAGAAGAGACCGCGGCCCCAUUUAGACGAUAAGAUUUUAACGGCCUGGAACGGCCUAAUGAUAAGCGGCUUGGCACGAGCCGGUUCUGCUACCGAUAACAAGCGAUACGUCGAUUUGGCAACGGACGCCGCCAAGUUUAUCGAACGUUAUCUUUACGAUAAAUCCGAACGUUCCUUACUUCGUAGUUGUUAUCGUAGCGAUAACGACGCCAUCGUAUUAACGAGCGUGCCUAUAAAAGGCUAUCACGCGGACUAUGCCUUUGUGGUGAAGGGAUUGUUAGAUCUCUACGAGGCCAAUCUAGAUCCUCAUUGGUUGGAGUUCGCCGAGAUACUUCAGGAUAUUCAGGACGAGCUCUUUUGGGAUACGACGAGCGGCGGCUAUUUCUCAACUAUCAAGGACGAUCCUACGAUAAUUCUUCGACUCAGGGACGAUCACGAUGGAGCGGAACCGUGCAGUAACUCGAUUGCCUGUGGAAAUCUAUUGAGAUUAACGACUUACUUGGAACGUGUCGAAUUCAAGGACAAAGCGGAACGUCUUCUUUCAUCGUUCAAGGAACCUUUGUCAAAGGUACCGAGUUCCGUGGCGGAGAUGGUGAGAGCGUUGUUGCACUAUCACGAUAGCUCCACGGAGAUCUAUGUAAUAGGAAAUUCGGGGGCGGAAAAUACGAACGAGCUGUUGCGCGUGAUACGCGAACGUCUGAUACCGGGACAGGUUCUAAUGUUCGCGGAUCAGGAUAAAUCCGAUAAUAUAUUGCUUCGCAAGAAUAAGAUCCUUGCCAAGAUGAAGCAGGACAAAAACGUACCGAGAGCCUAUGUCUGUCGGUAUCGAACGUGUUCCUUACCCGUGACGACUCCGGCCGAACUCGCGGAUCUAUUGAGCACGGAACGAUAAAGGAACCCGUCGUUUCGAGUUUGCCUUGUUUACUGCGAUCUAAUAAAUGGCGAGGUAAGAAAAGAAAGGCAUAUAGUUGGCAAAUGCUAUUGUACAAAUUCGCUAGAACGGAAAAAAAGGAAAAAAAAGAAAAAAAAAAAAAAAAAAGAAAAAAAAGAAAAAAAAAAAAAAAAAAAAAAGAAAAAAGAAAGCAAAAAAAUGUAUAUAUCAUAAAGAUAAAACCGUAUAAUGGGAUAUCUUGUAGUUCUCAUGUCUUCCUCGAUGCGAUCCAGGAAGGUUAAGCGUUGGCGAAGCUCGAUCGAAUGCAGAGAUUAACAAAUACGUUUAGAUUUUGCUACGGGCGUUAGACGUUGCCGUAAUUUCCCUGCAGAUCGGAGAAUAUUAUUUUUGAAUCUAAGAAUAUUUAUGUAGUUCCUUAGUGCUGCUACGAGAGGACGAUAUAUUUUCAAACGUCCAAGCACUUUUCCCGUUCGAAUAAAGUUACGAUAUAUAAAAGCAAUCGAA